AAAAAGGAGAGCUAAAGCAGUCCAGUGGCGCACAAGGGAAAAGGAUUCGAUCCAAAUUAAAAGAGGGCAGUUAUCUCAGUCUUAAACUCCUACCCCAGCAACCCAAAUCCGGAAAGAAACGAAGGAACAAAGGGCCCAAGAACAAAAAGAGUGCAGGGGUGAGAGACUCCUGGUCUCAUAAGUUCAAAUGACACCGGGAAUUCAGGAGAUGAGCGUCUCUAGCGGCUAAAUGAUUGAUCCCGUUGUACCCUUCGCUAUAAAAACGCAGCAACAAGGGUUUUAAAGGGGGAUUCUGGCUGCCAAGUUGGGAGAGCUGAGGGCCGAAGGAGGUAGGAGGAAGAGCCUGGGCUACGUGAGACUGUGCGUGACUGUUCAGCAAGGCUUGUAGCAAUGGUUUGCUGAUUCCCAGUUUAAUCUAUGGCAGCAGCACAAGUUUGUAUUUACAUUCUCCGUAUACUCUAAUCUUCUCCUGAAAUUUACUCCUGGGAACUUUGAUUUGUUAUUGCUAUUCGGUAUUAUUUUAAGAUGGUUAGAACAAAUUGCUACACUCUUAUUGUCUUGGUUUAUUUUUCUAUGAGUAGAUAAUUUUCUAAGUCCGGAUUAUGAUGAAGUUGCUAUGAUUUAGUAUAAAUUGUGAUUUUAGUUAAGUCAAUUGAUUGAGUUUUAUCCAUUGUUCUUAUUCACUUAAUUGAUCAUGUUAAUUUCUGGCCAACUUUAGUAUGAUUGAUUAAGUUGUUUGAGUGGAUUAAUAGAGUACAUGCCAUGCCUCUUAAUUCGAGCUCUUUUGGAUAAAAGAAUAGAUAAUUUAACUGUCUUGUUAGGUUGUCUAUUUGGUUCUUAAAUCGGGUUUCCGUAGUUCUUUUGUGAUUAAUGGAUUUUAACUAUUGAAUUGAUAAUUUCCUGUUGAUCAAUAGUUAAAGUACGUGACUUAUUCUGGACGUCAUACAGAAUAGUCAUAUUUUUGCCUAGAAUGAACCCUCAAUUUGAAUUGACUAACUAAAUCACAAAUACUAAAAAUUAGUGACAGAUUCAUAAUCCUGAACUACUUUUUCUCUUGUUUAGUUCUCAACCAAAUUCCCGUUGGUUGUUCAAUCAAUUUAUUUUAUGUCCUUUAAAUUCAUUGCACCCAUUUUAAUUCAAGCCUCACUUUUCAGUUUUAAAUCAAACAAACUCAAAAUUCAUAUUUUUAGUUACAUUAAAUUUACUUUUAUUUUUAUUAAUAGUUUUCCAAUUACUUAGUUGCAUUUUCCCCGUGGAUUCGACCCUUACUUGAGCACUGUACUACCGCGACUCGUGCACUUGCGAGGACUAUUAUUAAAUUGUCUAUCAAUUUUUGGCGCCGUUGCCGGGGAAUUUGUUUAACUAGUUUUUGGAAAAUUGUUAAUUUAAUUUUAUUUUAGUUAGUUGUGUUUGUUUUUCUUUUUUCUCUUUUUUUUGUAUGCUUGGUCGCAGAUCACUUAAUCCAGAUUUGAUAUCGUUGAAUGACCAAGUUGACUUAAUUAGCAAAAGGACAAAAAGGAGGCUCCAAUUUGCUCCUAAUCGAACAAUGGGUGACGCUACACUGAUGAAAGAGUUUGGGAGACCAACUGUAGGUGUCUCCCCAUCCUGCAUUGUACUGAGUGAGGCUGCCCGAAAUUAUGAUCUGAAGACUGUUCACUUUAAUCAAUUGCCAUCUUUCUACGGGCUUUCUUCUGAGGAUGCGUUGAUCUUUAUUCGAGAUUUCUAUGGCAUUAUCCAAAAUUUCCCUUUGCACGGAGUGACUGAAGAUGAGUUGAGGAUGAGGUGUUUUCCCUACACUCUCAAAGAUGCUGCGAAGACGUGGUUUAUGUCUUUAACACCUGGUUCAUUGCGCACUUGGACUGAUGUAUACAAUAAGUUCAUUGGCAAGUAUUAUUCUCAGUCGAAAACUUCAGAAUUAAGAAGAAAAAUUGCCAAUUUUACUCAAGCUGAAGGUGAGCCAUUUCAUGAGGCGUGGGAGAGAUUCAAGAUGCUACUCACUCAAUGUCCACACCACGGUUAUUCAUUGGCGCUCCAGAAUCAGACUUUCUAUGACGGUUUAAACCAAGGAUGCCAAGCUAUUGUUGACAACGCAGCUGGAGGAGCAAUGGGAGAGAAGACCGCAGAACAAACUUUAGAGCUUUUCGAGAUUCUUGGAGCCAAUUCACAACAGAAGAGUGUGCGGGGCAGAACUCCAGGAAUUUAUGAAGUGGGAGUUGGGACAGAACUAGCCAUCCAGAUGUCCGAGUUGUCCAAACAGAUGAAGAAUAUGUGCUCUGUGAUGACAACAAUGAGCAUGUCUACUCCCGUUGUGCAUGCAGUACCUGAAAGUGGUUUUGAGCAAGCCCACAUGAUGAACUCAUACAACCAAGGGCCAAGGAAUGAUCCAUUCUCCAACUCUUACAAUCCUGGUUGGAGAAAUCAUCCUAAUUUCUCAUGGGGUAACGCGCAACAAAGCAACCAGCCACCACCUAUACAGAAGAAGCCUGCUUUGGAGGAUACUUUGCAAACUUUCAUGCAAAUCUGCACCCAAAAUCAGCAGGCAAAUGAGCAGCGUUUUCAGCGCACCGAGGCCUCUUUGAGGAAGCUAGAAGUACAAGUUGGGCAGAUUGCUGAAUGUUUACAGGGCCAUGUGCAAGGGAAGCUACCAAGCCACACUGAGGAGGCAAAAGCUAUCACGGUUCUUAGGGGUGGCAAGAUAAUUGAGAAAGAUGAAGGACAACCCAUUGUGAAGCCACCGGAAGAGGUUGAAGCUGAAAAGAAAGAAGAAGUUGAGGCUGGGGAGACUGGGCUUCACAAAGCUAAGGAUCCAUAUGUGCCACCUAAGCCAUAUGUUCCACCCGUUCCUUUCCCAAACAGGUUAAAAAGUUCUAAAUUUAACAAUUCUUUUGAUGAGAUUUAUAAGUUGUCGUCUAAGGUUAAUGUGAAUCCGCCUCUUCUUGACAUGAUAAAAAACAUGCCUGCCUACGCUAAAUAUUUGAAAGAAUUGAGCACUAAAAAGCGUAGGUAUGAACCAAAUGAAAAAGUGUUUGUUUCUAAGGUUGUUAGUGAUGUUUUACAAAAAGAUUUGCCCCCAAAAUUAGAAGACCCUGACAGUUUUAUUAUCACCAUUAAUUUAGGGAAUUCUAAAUCUGAGAAAGCUAUGCUUGAUUUGGGGGCAAGUAUUAAUUUGAUGCCUUAUUCUGUUUAUUUGAAAUUAGGGGUGAAUGAGUUGAAAUCCACUACUAUGUCCCUACAGCUUGCUGAUCGUUCAACUAGAUAUCCAAGGGGCAUAGUAGAGGAUGUUUUAGUUCAAGUGGAUAAAUUGAUCAUUCCUACUGAUUUUGUGGUUUUGGAUAUGGAUGAUCAGUGUAAGUAUGUGAAAGAUAUGCCGAUUUUACUUGGUAGACCUUUUAUGGCUACUGCAAAAACCACGAUUGAUGUUCAAAAUGGAAAAUUGACUAUGAGUGUGCUUGAUGAAACUAUUGAGUUUUCCAUUUUGAAAUCAAUGAGUAUGUCGGCCGAUUCUAAUUCAUGUUUUGCAUUUGAUAUUCUUGAUCCUAUUGUUUCUUUGGACAAGUCACAGGAAGAUGGUCUUGCGAAUCAUGCUUUUGAGAAAGCGAAAGUUUGCAAGAAAGGCAUUAAUUGUUUGCAUCAAAAGUCCAUUUUGAGGAAGGAUUUUAAACCUGGAAUUAAAGUGUUAUUGCUUGACUCUCGUUUAAGAUUUCUUCCAGGAAAAAUAAAGUUUAAGUGGAUUGGACCGUUUGGGAUUCGCCGAGUUUUUCCCGACGGUGCAAUUCAGCUUAUAAAUCCAAAAUCCGGGAAUAUUUUUAAAAUGAAUGGUGAGAGAGUGAAGAGAUAUUCAUGUAAUGAAGAUUUGGUGGAGCAAGUUGAGAGUCUUGAGCUUUGGGAACAUUGUUGCUCUUGUUGUGUUUAAUCGCAUUUUUUUUAUUAAAAAAAUCAAAGAAAAAAAGUAAAAAAAAAAAAACAAAAGACAAAACAAAAAACAAAAAAAAAUCAUUUUCUUAAUUCUGUUCCCCCCCCCCCCAUUUUGUUCUUUUCUUUCUUUGUUUUCCUUAGUUUUGCAGGUUAAUUUCGAAGGCGUUUCAGUUCUGGUUUGAAGUGCACUAGGGAGUAUUUCUUUUCCAUUUUAUCAUUCCUUCAUUGUGCUUAAGGCUUGAAAUAAGUGUGGGGGGAGGAGUUGCUCCCAUUUUUUAGUUCUAUCUUAGUUUUAAAAAAAAAUCAGAAAAACUGCAAAAACAACAAAACAAAAAACAAAAACAAAAAAAACUGUUUUCUUGCUUGAAUUUGAGGGAAAUUUGAUUUCAGGAUUACUUUUUUGGCUUCAAGCUGUGAAAAGUUUCCCUUUCAUUGGUAUGUGGUAUGAUUGAUGGUCUCCAUGAUAGAUAUUCUCUUGAAUUUGAUUGAGUCCUCGCAUUGUUUUUACUUGGAGUCAAUUUCCUACUUUCUUGUGUCAUUGAUUUUGAUGUAUUUUUCAAUUCUUUAUGACCUUUUAGGAUGCAUCUCUAACGUUCUUGGAAAGAGUGUGAGUCCUUUGUCGUUUAGUUAACAUGAUAGAACUUGUCUUGUUGCUCUUUUGGAAGCUAAGUUAUUGUGCAAAUUGAUUGAGAAGUGAUCUAGGCCAUUUUUCAUAACCCCAAACCUUUUAGCCUACCCUUUGCAUUUUAUUUCCACUUGCUACCCCCCCUUGAGCCUAAGUGGUCUUAAAGCAUUCUAUCGUGCUUCUGACUAACAAUUUCUUUGUGAUUACCCAUCAAUGUUGACCCCGAGCCCAAAUAGCCAAAAUUUUCCCACACCCUUGAGUUGACAUUUUUUUUACUAAAUUUUGACUUGGAAGAGUUUUCAUUUUUUUUUGGAGCAUUUUUUUUCCCGGCAGUUUGUAUAGAUGUAAUAUUGUUGCGGCAGCUUGACAUUUCCUUUUAGAAGUAGUGUUGAUGUAGCAUUAAAAAAAAAGAGUUGAAAAAAUACAAAAAAAAUACAAAAAAACAGAAAAAAAAGUGAAAAAAGACAAAAAAAGAUGAGUUCAGUUGAAGUUUGUAUUCUUUUCACUUUAUGUAUGUACUCCGUUGUCUUAGAAGCCGGUUGAUUGUUGCAAUAGUUUUUUGUGCUCCUUUAGCAUAUUUUUGAGCUCUUCCUAGGAUCAGUUUAGUACAUAAAAUGACUUCUCCUUUGUUUGAAUUCCCAUAUCCUUUCUUUCAUUAAACCAUUACCCAUGGCCACGUUACAACCCCAAUAAAAGUCCAAGUGAUCUUGAUUAGUUUGUGCUUUGAUAAGGUGGAAGGAAGAGCAUAAGAUGACAAUAGAGUGUUGACUGAUUGACUUAGGACUUUGGAUAAUUUCUGUGAAUGUUACUUGAGCAUUUCACUAGGUCAUUUAGAAUUGUAAAAGACAUCUCUAUUAAUGACAUGUGAGUCUAGUUGAUUGACUUUUGAGUUUGACAUUGUGGUGGAUACUUGAUUCGAAUUUCUCGAGUUAUCUUGUUAUGGAGGGGUUUGUUGGAAUGCUUGGUGAGUGAAAGGGGAAUUUGAUCACUUGUGGCUGAUUUAGUUUCUUGAUAUUAAUUUUCCUUGAGGACAAUAAAAUGCAAGUGUGGGGGAGUUUGAUGAGCUAGAAUUUGUGCUUCAUUUUUAUAUUAUUUUAUUAAAAUUCUAAGCUCAUUAUUUACCUAAUUGAGAGGUUUGAGUUAUAUUGUGUGAUAAAAAUGAUUUUUACAGGUGAGAACUUUAAUUGAAGGAUUUGAGGACUUUUGGACUAAUUUGUGGAGAUUUUUCCUUUUCCAAGGGUUGUUAAGAAAUAAAAAGAAGUGAGUCAAAUACUUUUUGUUUUGGAGAAAGCCAAAAAACAAAAGGAAAAAGAGGAUUACUCCUCUUAAUUUAUACGGCAACAGCAAAAGAAAAAAAAGGAGAGCUAAAGCAGUCCAGUGGCGCACAAGGGAAAAGGAUUCGAUCCAAAUUAAAAGAGGGCAGUUAUCUCAGUCUUAAACUCCUACCCCAGCAACCCAAAUCCGGAAAGAAAAGAAGGAACAAAGGGCCCAAGAACAAAAAGAGUGCAGGGGUGAGAGACUCCUGGUCUCAUAAGUUCAAACGACACCGGGAAUUCAGGAGAUGAGCGUCUCUAGCGGCUAAAUGAUUGAACCCGUUGUACCCUUCGCUAUAAAAACGCAACAACAAGGGUUUUAAAGGGGGAUUCUGGCUGCCAAGUUGGGAGAGCUGAGGGCCGAAGGAGGUAGGAGGAAGAGCCUGAGCUACGUGAGACUGUGCGUGACUGUUCAGCAAGGCUUGUAGCAAUGGUUUGCUGAUUCCCAGUUUAAUCUAUGGCAGCAGCACAAGUUUGUAUUUACAUUCUCCGUAUACUCUAAUCUUCUCCUGAAAUUUACUCCUGGGAACUUUGAUUUGUUAUUGCUAUUCGGUAUUAUUUUAAGAUGGUUAGAACAAAUUGCUACACUCUUAUUGUCUUGGUUUAUUUUUCUAUGAGUAGAUAAUUUUCUAAGUCCGGAUUAUGAUGAAGUUGCUAUGAUUUAGUAUAAAUUGUGAUUUUAGUUAAGUCAAUUGAUUGAGUUUUAUCCAUUGUUCUUAUUCACUUAAUUGAUCAUGUUAAUUUCUGGCCAACUUUAGUAUGAUUGAUUAAGUUGUUUGAGUGGAUUAAUAGAGUACAUGCCAUGCCUCUUAAUUCGAGCUCUUUUGGAUAAAAGAAUAGAUAAUUUAACUGUCUUGUUAGGUUGUCUAUUUGGUUCUUAAAUCGGGUUUCCGUAGUUCUUUUGUGAUUAAUGGAUUUUAACUAUUGAAUUGAUAAUUUCCUGUUGAUCAAUAGUUAAAGUACGUGACUUAUUCUGGACGUCAUACAGAAUAGUCAUAUUUUUGCCUAGAAUGAACCCUCAAUUUGAAUUGACUAACUAAAUCACAAAUACUAAAAAUUAGUGACAGAUUCAUAAUCCUGAACUACUUUUUCUCUUGUUUAGUUCUCAACCAAAUUCCCGUUGGUUGUUC